AUGCAGAUACACCCCACGGCAAACACAGAUUGGGGAAAUCAAAUGUCCAUCACAGAAUUCAUCCUCCUAGGAUUCAGGGAUCUCCCUGAGCUGGAAAUCUUCCUCUUCCUACUGUUUCUACUGAUCUACAUUGUGACUGUGUCCGGGAACAUCCUCAUCAUUGUGCUAGCUAUCACUGAUCGAAACCUUCACACCACCAUGUACUUCUUCCUGGGGAACUUGUCCUGUUUGGAGACCUGCUACACCUCAACCAUCCUGCCCAGAGUUCUGGCCAGUCUCCUGACUGGGGACAAGACCAUUUCCAUCAGUGAUUGUGCAGAAUGCUAUCUGCUAGCGGUGAUGUCUUAUGAUCGGUUCUUGGCAAUAUGCAAACCGCUGCAUUAUGCAGUCCUCAUGAAUGGCAGGUUCUGCCUGCAGCUAGCAGCAGGGUCUUGGAUAAAUGGAUUUCUGGCCAUGACCAUGGUAAUAGUUCUUAUGUUACAAUUAAUUUUCUGUGGCCCCAAUGAAAUUGAUCAUUUCUACUGUGAAUCCACAGAAAUACUUAAUCUUUACUGUAGUGACACCAACCAGAUAGAUCUUGUCAUUACCUUCCUGGCUGCUAUAUUCACUCUGCCCCCAUUUGUAUUAACCGUGGCAUCCUAUGUAUGUAUCGUCAUCACCAUCUUGAGAAUUCCUUCCACCACCGGGAGGCAGAAGGCCUUUUCCACUUGCUCCUCUCACCUCAUUGUGGUGACAAUUUUCUAUGGGACCAUAAUGAUUCUCUACAUGCUACCGAAAACAAACACACUGAGAGCCCUGAACAAAGUGUUCUCUGUUUUCUACACAGUUCUGACUCCUAUGGCCAAUCCCUUCAUAUACAGCCUGAGAAACACAGAGGUGAAGGAGACUAUAGGAAAAAUGGUCAGUAAAUGUCUAGAUUUUACAAGUAAUCAGCAAUCACAUGGGUUUUUUUCUUUCUGUAUAAAGCGAAAAUGGUGA